AUGCCGAUGCUCAAAGACCCUUCGACCAAGUACGCUCCGUUCCCCCCCGUGGACUUACCCAACCGCCAGUGGCCCAGUCGCCAGCUCACUAAGGCGCCGCGAUGGCUCUCGACCGACUUGAGAGACGGCAACCAGUCGUUGCCCGAUCCCAUGUCUGUGGAAGAGAAAAAGGUUUAUUUCAAUAAGCUUGUCGAGGUCGGGUUUAAGGAGAUCGAAGUGGCGUUCCCGCUGGCGUCGCAGCCCGAUUUUGACUUCACUCGGUGGGCGGUGCAAAACGCCCCCGCCGACGUGUCCAUCCAAGUUUUAACUGCCUGUCGUGAGGAAUUGAUCCGCCGGACGGUGGAGUCGUUAAAGGGAGCUAAAAGAGCCACCGUGCACUGCUACCUCGCCACUCUGGAGUUGUUUAGAGACGUCGUGUUUGGCAUGCUGAAACAGGAAUCGCUUAAAUUGGCUGUCGAAUGCACUAAGCUUGUGCGCUCUUUGACUAAAGACGACCCUACUCAGCAAGCGACCCAUUGGGACUACGAGUUCUCCCCGGAAACGUUCUCCGAUACCGACUUGGACUUCGCCGUCGAGAUCUGUACCGCGGUGAUGGAAGCCUGGGAACCUCUGCCUGACCACAAAAUCAUCUUCAACUUGCCUGCCACCGUGGAAAUGGCCACUCCCAACGUCUACGCCGACCAGAUCGAGUACUUCUGCACCCACAUCCCCAACCGCGACUCGGUGUGCGUGUCGCUCCACGUGCACAACGACCGUGGCUGCGGUGUGGCUGCCUCGGAACUUGGCCAAUUGGCCGGGGGUGACCGUGUCGAAGGCUGUGUCUUCGGUAACGGUGAGCGUACCGGUAACGUCGAUAUCGUCACUUUGGCGCUUAACCUUUAUACUCAAGGGAUCUCGCCCAACUUGGACUUCAGCGACAUGAAGCUGGUGGUCGACGUGGUGGAAAAGUGUAACAAGAUCCCCGUCCCCGCCCGCGCUCCCUAUGGUGGUUCGCUUGUGGUGUGUGCGUUCUCGGGUUCGCACCAGGACGCCAUCAAGAAGGGGUUCAACGCCAUCACCAAGCGCACCGACGGGUUGUGGAAGAUCCCCUACUUGCCCUUGGACCCCGAAGACAUUGGCCGUACCUACGAAGCGAUUAUCCGUAUCAAUUCGCAACUGGGUAAAGGUGGUUCCGCCUGGGUCAUCCUCAGAAACUUGGAACUCGACUUGCCCCGCGGUUUGCAGGUGGCGUUCUCGAAGGUGGUGCAAAAGGCCGCCGAGGCCAAGGGCCAGGAGCUCACCAACAACGAGUUGAUCGAGUUGUUCAAGCAGGAAUACUUUGUCGAGGACAACGGCGACAACGAGUACUUCAAGCUUGUCGACUACCUGAUUUCCACCCCCGAAAAGGGUCUCAAGCAGAUCGACGCCGAGCUCACCGUUGACGGCAAGAUCGUCAAGGUCAGCGGUAAGGGUAACGGGCAAUUGUCGGCGUUCAACGACGCGUUGGCCAAGCAGUUCGCCAUCGACAUCGACGUCAAGAACUACCACGAACACUCGCUCGGUAAGGACGCCAACGCCAAGGCCGCCACCUAUAUCGAGGUCGCCCUCAACCAGAAGGUGGCGCGCUGGGGUGUGGGGAUCCACGAGGACGUGUCGCAGGCGUCGUUCCUCUCCCUCAUCUCCAUCCUCAACGGUUUGCAUCGCCAGGGCGAUAUCUAA